AUGGAGGAGGCAGAGCACCGUAACGAUAUCCAACAUGCGGGGGUGCAGUACAUCCUGGACUCGGUGGUGGAUCAGCUGCUGAAGAAUCCCGACAGGAGGUUCAUCUACGUGGAGACGGCGUUCUUCUUCCGCUGGUGGAAACAGCAGAGCUCCAGUGUCCAGCAGACGGUCAAACAGCUGGUGGAUGAAGGUCGUCUGGAGUUUGUGAACGGUGGCUGGUGUAUGAGCGACGAGGCCACGACCCACUACAGCGCCGUCAUCGACCAGAUGACCAUGGGCCUGAGGUUCCUCAACGAGACGUUCGGGCCCUGUGGUCGUCCCAGAGUGGCCUGGCACAUCGACCCGUUUGGCCACGCCCGGGAACACGCCUCCAUGUUUGCACAGAUGGGAUACGACGGCUUCUUCUUCGGUCGCCUCGACUACCAGGACCAGGCUCGCAGGAGGAUGGCGAAGGAGCAGGAGCUCCUGUGGCGAGCGUCUGACAGCCUCACCCCGCCCAUGGCUGAUCUCUUCACCGGAAUCCUUCCCAACGGUUACAACCCCCCUGAGGGCUUCUGCUGGGACCAGCUCUGUGACGACCCCCCAAUCAGAGACGACCCGGACCUGGAGGAUUAUAACGUUGACGAUGUGGUGACGCGCUUCCUCACCAUGGCCAACUAUCAGGCCGGCGAGUACAAGACGAAUCACAUCAUCAUGACCAUGGGCUCCGACUUCCAGUAUGAGAACGCCAACCUGUGGUACAAGAACCUGGACAAGCUCAUCCACUACGUCAACGCUCAGCAGGCGAACGGCAGCAAAGUCAACCUGCUCUACUCCACCCCCUCCUGUUACCUCCAGGAACUGCACCGAGCAAACCUCACCUGGGCUUUGAAGACGGACGACUUUUUCCCCUACGCAGACAGCGCUCAUGAUUUCUGGACGGGCUUCUUUACGAGCCGACCGGCCCUGAAACGCUACGAGAGGGUCAGCAACAGCAACCUGCAGACGUGUAACCAGCUGGAGGUGCUCGGUGGACCGGUGUCCACGAAGGGACCCUUCGGGGGAGGCGACAGUCAGACCUUGAAGGAAGCCAUGGCGGUGGCUCAGCAUCACGAUGCCGUGUCGGGCACAGAGAAGCAGCACGUAGCUAACGACUACGCCCGGCGGCUCGCUAACGGCUGGCAGCGCUGUCAGGUUGUGGUCAGUAACAGUCUGGCUGCUCUGAGUCGCUCGUCUGCUGAACGGAUCUACUGUGACAACCUCAACAUCAGCGUGUGUCCUCUCACCGAGUCCAGCAAAGAGUUCUCAGUCAGUGUGUACAACCCUCUCGCUCGCCCCGUCACCUGGCCCGUACGGCUGCCUGUGAACGGAACAUCGUACUCGGUGUCUGACGCUAAAGGCGAAACUGUGGACUGUGAGGUGGUUUCGGUGUCCAGAGCCACUCGAGAGGUGAGGAAGAACCGGGGCUUCGCCAUCAACGAGCUGGUGUUCCAGGUUCGAGCUCCUCCUCUGGGCUUCAGCACCUACUCCGUGUCCCUGCUUCAGGACGGGCCUCCACCCGCCCCCACACGGCCCCGCACUCCUGCAGCGAUCCAGAACAAGUUCCUACGUGUGACCUUUGACCCAGACACCGGCCUCUUGAGCAGCCUCAGCAACCUGGAGACCAAACAGAGCAUCAAGCUCACGCAGAAUUUCUACUGGUACAACGCCAGUGACGGCAACAACUCUGAGAGUGACCAGAUGUCAGGAGCCUACAUCUUCAGACCCAACUCGUCCACACCUUUCAUCAUCAGCCGGACGGCCAAGACGGAGACGGUGCAGACGUCUGUGGUGCAGGAGGUGAGGCAGUGGUUUUCUCCCUGGGUCUCUCAGGUGGUUCGACUCUACACCGACAGCAGAGCUCUGGAGCUGGAGUGGACGGUCGGACCUCUGCCCAUAGAAGACAGCCUGGGGAAGGAGGUGAUCACCCGUCUAGACACCAGUAUUCAAACCUCUGGAUUUUUCUACACCGACUCCAACGGCAGGGAGGUGCUGCAGAGAAGGAAAGACUUCCGCCCCACGUGGAACCUGAAGCAGUCGGAGCCCAUCGCUGGAAACUACUUCCCCAUCAACUCCCGUGCAUUCAUCAGGGAUGAUGUCGAUCAGCUCACUGUGGUGACCGACCGCUCUCAGGGAGGAGGAAGCAUCCUGAACGGCUCCCUGGAGAUCAUGCUCCACCGCCGGCUGUUGUACGAUGAUGUCCGCGGCGUUGGCGAGCCUCUCAACGAGACCUCCAAAAUCUUCCCACAAGGGCUGGUGGUCCGCGGCCGCCUCCUGCUCUCUCUCGAGCGCCCACCGGUCGCUGCUGACACACACCGCCCCCUGGCACAGGAAGUAGUUCUGCAGCCGCUGCUCACAUUCACUGACGGACAGCUGAGCCCCGACACUCGACUGGAGUUCUCAGGUCUUCAGGCUGCACUGCCCCCUGCUGUUCACCUCCUGACACUGACACAGUGGGACAGAGACUCGGUGCUGCUGAGGCUGGAGCAUCAGUUCCAGAGCUGGGAGAGCAAAGUGAACUCCCGACCCGUCACCGUCCACCUGCAGUACUAG